CCUGCCCUGGUGCGGAUGGACGGAAGGACACUGUUGGCGGAGCUGCCACCCAGUCCUGACGUCAGGAGGGCGGCCAGGGUGCAGGACCGCCCGCCCCGCCCCGCCCCGCCCCUGACGUCACGGCGGGCGGAGCAUCGCCCCCGGGCCUGGCCGCGCUCCGGUCGGGCUCGGCUCCGGCUCCCGGUGCGGGACGCGGAGGGCCCGGGACCAUGCGAGCCCCCGGCCCGAGCCCCCGUGCGGCCCGGCUCCCCCGGUGGCGGCGGCGGGCGCGGGGCGCGCUCUGAGCCCGGGGAUGCGCCGGCGCCUCGACCAUGGGCGCCGCCGCCUCCCGGAGGAGGGCGCUGCGGAGCGAGGCCAUGUCCUCCGUGGCGGCCAAAGUGCGACCACCUGCUGGCCGAUGCCUACUCUGGCCACGAAGGGUCCCCCGAGAUGCAGCCGGCCCCCCAGAUCAAGCGCCGCCUCUCGCUCGUCUCCAAGGGCAGCCUCUCGGAGGAGGGGGCCAUUGGGAAGCCGGCGGGCGAGGGCCCCCAGCCCCGUGUGUACACCAUCUCGGGGGAGCCCGCCCUGCUGCCCGGCCCCGAGGCUGAGGCCAUUGAGCUGGCCGUGGUGAAGGGGCGGCGGCGCCGGGAGCAGCACCCGCCCCCCCACAGCCAGUCCCUGCGCGGCAGCCGCGAGAACGUGGGCACAGCCUGCCCGAGCUGGGCGGGCAGCCGCCAGGGCUCCCAGGACUGUCCGGAGUGCGCCCCGCUGGCCCCGGGCCCCUCCCCUCGGGCCUUCGGGCUGGACCAGCCGCCCCGGCCCCAGGCCACCGGCCGCCGCAAGAAGCUGGAGAGGAUGUACAGUGUCGACCGCGUGUCUGAUGACGCCCCCACCCCCAUCCGCACCUGGUUCCCCAAGGAAAACCUCUUCAGCUUCCAGACCGCAACCACAACUAUGCAAGCCAUCUCGGUGUUCAGGGGCUACGCGGAGAGGAAGCGCCGGAAACGGGAGAAUCAUUCCGCGUCCGUAAUCCAGAGGAACUUCCGGAAGCACCUGCGCAUGGUCGGCAGCCGGAGGGUGAAGGCCCAGACGUUCGCCGAGCGGCGCGAGCGCAGCUUCAGCCGGUCCUGGAGCGACCCCACCCCCAUGAAAGCCGACACUUCCCACGACUCCCGCGACAGCGGCGACCUGCAGAGCUCGCACUGCACCCUGGACGAGGCCUUCGAGGACCUGGACUGGGAGGCCGAGAAGGGCCUGGAGGCGGAGGCCUGCGAGGCGGAGGGCUUCCUGCCGCCCAAGGUCAUGCUCAUCUCCUCCAAGGUGCCCAGAGCGGAGUACAUCCCCACCAUCAUCCGCAGGGACGACCCGUCCAUCAUCCCCAUCCUCUAUGACCACGAGCACGCGACCUUCGAGGACAUCCUGGAGGAGAUAGAGAAGAAGCUGAACAUCUACCACAAGGGCGCCAAGAUCUGGAAGAUGCUCAUAUUCUGCCAGGGCGGCCCGGGGCACCUGUACCUGCUCAAGAACAAGGUGGCCACCUUCGCCAAGGUGGAGAAGGAGGAGGACAUGAUCCACUUCUGGAAGCGGUUGAGCCGCUUGAUGAGCAAAGUGAACCCAGAGCCAAACGUCAUCCACAUCAUGGGCUGCUACAUUCUGGGGAAUCCCAACGGGGAGAAGCUGUUCCAGAACCUCAGGACCCUCAUGACCCCUUACAAGGUCAUCUUUGAGUCCCCCCUGGAGCUGUCGGCCCAAGGGAAGCAGAUGAUCGAGACCUACUUCGACUUCCGGCUGUACCGCCUGUGGAAGAGCCGCCAGCACUCGAAGCUGCUGGACUUCGAGGACGGGCUGUGAGGGCAGGGCCGCCGCCGCCGUCCUGGCGCCCGGUCCGGCCCGGGCCCCGCCGGCGGCCUCGGCUCAGGGUCCGCCGCCGCCGCCGCCGCAGAACAAGUGCCAUUUCCUCCGGCCCCUCGAGCCAGUGACGUGCCGCCGGCCCGGGUGCCCGCCCUGCGAACCCAUCACCAGCACCGGGCAAUGGGGGCGCCGGGUCGGCUCGCGUGCGCCCUCUGCCGGCCUGUCCCCAGCGUGUCCAGGCCGGAGGGCGGGCGGGGGGAGGGGGUCCAUCCAGGGCUGGGUCCCCGGGUGAGACCCGCCCGCUGCAUGGGGGCCGGACCCCACCUCCAGGCCCAGGAGCCGCGCUGGUGGGCGGGCUGGCACCUGCCCCGCGCGGGCGGCUCUGUGCAUACAGCGGGCGCCGGGGGCAGGUCCCCCUUGCAGAGCCUGGUCUGAGGGCACCUGGCUGUGCCCGAGGCUGCGGGCAGGCGGGUGGCCGGGCUCUGUCCGUGUCCGAUGUCCGUAGAGUGACCAUUAAAGCUGACCCUCCGCUGC